CCUGGUCCUGCUCUGCCUGGGGAGACUGGAAGACGGGGAGGGGAGACCCUGCUCUGGGAGGGACCCCGACCCCACCCACAGCCAGGCCCUGCUCCCUGGAGACCCCAGGCUCAGGAGCCCCGGGGAGGAGAGGACGGGGACAGGGGCAAACCUCUCACGGGGAGCUCUCCUCCAGGGCUGUGUGCAGGCCCCAGGACCCGAGUGCAGGCAGGGACCCUCCCCAGACCCAUCCUCUGGGCUGAGCCAGGCUCUGUGAUCGCCCUGGGCAGCCCUGGGACCCUGUGGUGUCAGGGGACCCUGGAGGCCCAGGAGUGCCGUCUGUAUAAAGAGGGAAUCCCAGAGCCCUGGGACAGAGUGAUGCCCCUGGAGCGCAGAAACAAGGUCAAGUUCUCCAUCCCUCUCAUGGCUGAGGUGUACGCGGGGCGCUACAGCUGUGUCUGCCUCAGCACUGCUGGCUGGUCAGAGCCCAGUGAUGCCCUGGAGCUGCGGGUGUCAGGAGCCUACAGCAAGCCCAGCCUCUCGGCCCUGCCCAGCCCCGUGGUGACCUCAGGGGACAAUGUGACCCUCCAGUGCCGCUCCCAGCUGGGAUUCCACAGGUUCAUUCUGACAGAGGAGGGGGCGCCCUGGGCUGCCAGGACCCGGAGCUCAGAGCCACACCCUAGUGCGCAGUCCCAGGCCCUGUUCCCUGUGGGCCCUGUGACUCCUGGCCGCAGGUGGGCGUUCCAAUGCUAUGGCUCCUACAGGGAGAAUCCUUCUGUGUGGUCAGAGCCCAGUGACGCCCUGGAGCUGGGGGUGACAGGAGGACCAGAGCCCAGCAGCCCCUCGCACCCCCAGCCAGGCUCCCCCGCUGCCCCAGCGCCCCAGGACCACUCCCUGGAGAACCUCAUCCGCAUGGGCGUGGCGGGCUUGGUCCUGCUGGGCCUCGGGCUUCUGCUGGCAGAGGCUUGGUACAGCCAGAGAAGGACCCGGGCUGCAGGCCAGCGGAGCCCGAGCUCUGCAGCCCACGGAGAGGGAACCCGUGACGUCUCCCCACUCAUCUCCAGCCAGACUCUGGGCCUGCGCCCCUCACAGCUGCUCUGCUCCACAGGGACCAUGGGUGGCAGGUCCCAGACCUCAGCCCUCACUGCCCUCCUCUGCCUGGGGCUGUGCCGGGUGCCAGGGGAUGGGGCACAGGCGGGGACCCUCCCCAAGCCCUCCAUCUGGGCCGACCCAGGCCCCCUGGUCGCCGUAGGGAGACCUGUGACCCUCUGGUGCCAGGGGUCUCUGCAGGCUGAGGUCUAUCAUAUGUAUACAGAGAGCGGCCGUCAUCCCUGGGAAACGAGGCCCCAGCAGGACUCCAGACACAAGGCCAGCUUCUCCGUGAUCACAUCCAUGAGCUCCCAUGACACAGGGCAGUACUGUUGUGUGUAUUGGACCUCGCUCGGCCACUCCCAGCCCAGUGACCCCCUGACCCUGGUGGUGACGGGGAUGUUCCCGGCGCCCUCCCUGUCGGCCCAGGCAAGCCCCGUGGUGGCGUCAGGAGAGAACGUGUCCCUCUCCUGUGGCUCAGAUGAGGCGGGCACUGCCCAUCUGCUGAAGGAGGGUGGAGCCGGCCCCCUGCACAGCCUGGAAGCCAGAUACUCCCAUGGGGCUGGGCUGUGGCAGGUCACCUUCCUCCUGGGCCCCGUGGACAGCACCCAAAGGGGCAUCUACAGGUGCUACCAUGCUGACACCAACAAGACCCAUGUGUGGUCACUUCCCAGUGACCCCCUGCAGCUGGAGGUGUCAGGUGAGGGCCCAGCCCUGUCUCAUCAGUCCUCAUGGUCAGUGCAGGGCUGUCCCCACAGGAGGACUGGGCUGGGGGAGGGGACCUGGGGGAGGUCACAGGGAGUGAGAAACAGCAGAGGUCUCAGCCCUGGGGCCCGGGUCAUCCUGUGUGGCACAGGGUUUGUGUGGGAAGUGGAGUGGAUGGAACAGGGGUGCUGGAGUUGGGAAGGGAACUGGGCUGGGUGCACAGGCCUCUCACAAAGCCCACGCUGGGCGAGGGGACUCCCUAGACACAAAGAUGUGCAGUCUGGGCUCAGGCUGCUGCGGGGAGGUGGGGUCCUGUGUUACAGGGUCUGGCCAGCCUAGGUGACCCCUCCGUGCACACCACCAGCCCCAGCGCCCCAGGACCACACCCUGGAGAACCUCAUCCGCAUAGGCAUGGCGGGCUUGGUCCUGCUGGGCCUCGGGCUUCUGCUGGCAGAGGCUUGGUACAGCCAGAGAAGGAACCGGGCUGCAGGCCGGUGGUGACCUGGAGAGAGGACAGCGCUGGGUCAGAGAGGCCGAGCCCUGGGGGCGGGGCAGGGGGGAGCGUGAGCACAGUGGGGAACAGUCUUCCAGCAUUCGGUUGCGGGAACUGUCUGGGGGCAGCAGGG